AUGUAGGUAUUAUGCUAAUACGCUCUACCUCAAUUCUACGCUGUAUCAAACAUUGUUUCUUCUGUUUAUCUAAUGACUAAAAUCUCAAGGUACAAUUACUUAUAUAGCAUAGUUUAAAUUCUGACUGGCCUAACUUAGUUAUGGGAAUCUUGCAAUUUCUCUUGAGUCUAACACUUCUGACUAUGAUUGCUGUCAAAAACAGAUUAAAAAUACGAAAACCCCAUGUUCUAGCUGUAGCAUGCUGUUUUUCUGCUUUGUCAAUUAUUUUGGCCAUACAAAAGUUUGAUCACUAUUAUCUGCUGUUGAUUAUCCUGCAGCAAUUGGUCUGUUGUUUGCUAAUAUCCUUAUUGGUUUUGAGCAAGAACAGAAUCGGACUAGGUGUGGUAUCACAAUUAUAUUUGAUUGGAAUUUUCAUUGACGCCUUUUCGAUAGACAUUUGGUAUCAAUUGUCACUAUGGUAAUAGGGUUUUCGAGGACUAAUUCAGUUAGAGUAGAGCAAUUGCUAUUUUUGGAUCUGGUGGAUUUGGAUUACUAACCCUAUUUCUGAUUCUGUUAUGUCAUUUUAACCGCAAGGGGAAACUCUAGAAUGAAUUGCACAUCAUAAUAGGAUUUUAUAUUUUUUGCGAAUUGUUCACUUGUUGCAGUAUAACGGCUGAACUGGUCAAUGUAAGAUUGAAUACUAUAUUUAGGGGGUUUAGAGCAUGUACUUGGUGGAUUUGUUGCUCUUAAAGAUCUCGAAUGUGUUUUUGGAUAUGCUGAUAUACCCAUUUGUGAAAUUUCGCGAAGUUAAAUUGGAGAACAAAAUGGAACACUUCGAGAAUUGCAAUGAGAGACAGGUCGAAAGUGGUGGGAUUCAGACGAAGGAAAGUGAGUGUGAAUUGGAUAGUGCUCUGAAGAUUAGGGGGGCUAGGCAAACUGUGGUUAGGAAGGAGGAGGAACCGGUUACAAACAGGUGGAUCCGAUGUCUCUUGGAAAUUAAUUGA